CGCACGGAAGUCUCGCGCAUAUUUGGCAGCCACGGAGGCGCAACCGAACGCAUCAACAGCGACUGGAGCGACGAGAAGGGAACCGACGGCCCUUUGGCUGAGCUGAUUUGGAUUUCGGGCGAGAGAAGCGUCGAUUCAUAACAUGACCAGAGGAAACCAGCGUGAGCUAGCACGCCUCAAGAAUGCGAAAAAGACCGGCGACCAGUCCAAAGGGAAGAGGAGCGACGAUGGGCUGUCUGCUGCUGCUCGCAAGCAGAGGGACGCCGAGAUAAUGCAACAGAAGCAGAAAAAGGCUGAUGGAGAUGGGAAAGGCGGCACCAAGACCAAGUAGGCCACAGAAUGACAUCGCAGACGAGUUCAACUCAGUGUUUCAAUAAAAUCCCAUGUUCAGCAUUCUUCCUGAUAUUUAUGAGAAUGGGUCUGCCAUGUUUUGUCUAUACUCAAGAAUCUAGGAUCCUACAUUCUUCCCUAUGGCAAAUGACAUUGCUUGUUGGACUUGUUAUUUUUCUCGGUAAAAAUUAUGUCUGAGCAAGUUAGCAAUUGUCCCAUGUUGCUACUGCAUGCAGAACAGCAUCGGUGGUGUAAUCAGCAGGAGAGAGACGAACAAUGUUUGACACAAAGCAUCCAUGUACCAGUUGUGUAUUUUUGUACAAUAAUGUCCCCUGCUGGUUUUAAAUAAAGUGUAUCUUUUUAGUUCA